GGUCUUGCAAGUUGGACAUGCGAACCAUGACAACACGCUGGGCGGCAAGAUCCGGACCGUAUCAAUUCCGUCACAUGACAGAAGCCUGUCACACCUGACACAUCGGCUGCGGGUCUCGAAUCCAGACUUCUUGGAAGCAUCGGUGGAUCUCGAUCAAAGUUGCCGCGCUCGCUUGGCGUUGGACAGGCGUUGUCAGGAGAAUGCCGAACCCUGGUUUGACAUCUCGAAUUUCCGUCUGGCAACGUCACUCCCGCCCGGAAGAGAGUUCAGGUUUCGACCGUCCGCUCGUUACUCGAACCACACGCACUUUCUUUCGAAUGUUACGGCCACAUAAUAACGGCUGAUACCGUUCUCCCGAUCGCCAUCGCGGCCAACACGAGGUUACCCAACCCCUCUCAGCUGGUCGCCGCUGAUCGUCAAGAUGAACGGCCUUACAGUAGCCGGGGCCAAGUAUCGGCGCCUUGUCACUCGACAGACUCUCUUCAUCGCGCUUUCAGUGUGUACUAUCUGGUUUUUCGGUAUGCAGUUUCGCAGCGACAUCUCGCAGCGCUGGUCAGGGACAGGAGAGCAGCUCCCGGAGGUGGAAGACGAGCGGCCAGAUCUGCGGACACCACCCAAGCGCAUGCCGACGCACAAUAUCCUGCCGCCGCUUUCUGAGCGCGUGCUCUGCCAUGGGCCCCGCGGCCAUCUUCUGGGGAAAAGCCGCGACGACGACCUGGAGGAGAGGGAGCUCGACGGCCCCUACCCGACGCCCUGGGCCGGCAACUACGAGGAAACAGGCCUUGACCUGACCAUGAUGAACGUCGACCAGCGAUAUGGGCCCUAUGGAUUUGGCGAGGAUAAGGACGACUACGGCAGGAAAAAGGUGGACUGGGACAGUGUUGAUUGGGGCCAGCUGCAGAACGACUGCUUCGAACGCAACCGACACCGCUUUCCCGCGUCGGCGGUUCGAUUUGACGACGCACGCACGACCAAACUCCGCCUUUCCCUUCGCGAUGUCGCUAAGAUUCCCGAGAUCCGCCACUGGCACGAGUUUGAACCGUCGAGGCGAACGGCCAUUGUGGUGCGCACGUGGCGCGGAUACCAAUACAUGCCCGAGGACAUGUACUAUCUCCGCUCGCUGAUUGCCGAGACAUCGCUAAAGAGUGGCGCCGAGUACCAAGUUAUCCUCCUGGUGGACAUGAAGGACUCGGAAGGGUACGACAACGAUAUCUUCUCUUCUGAGGAGGCGUACAAGAAGGGACUCGAGGACGCUGGCGUCCCUCCCGAGCUCCAAUCGAUAGCACUGCUGUGGAACGUCCAUUUGCUAGACAGCUGGUACCCCUUGAUACAGGAGCACAGGACUAUGUGGCAAGUGUUCCAGCCCAUCCAGCUCCUAGCCCUCCAUUACCCCGAAUUCGACCACUUCUGGCAGCUCGAGAUGGACGUGCGCUUCAUGGGCGACGCGGGCAAGUUCCUCGACCGGCUGACGGCCACGGCGCGCAACGAGCCGCGCAAGCAGGCUCUUGAACGAUCCAGCUUCUGGCACAUGAUUGCUGAGACGGGCGACUACGGCGAGUUCUUCCGCGCCGUGGAUAUGGCGAACCGCGGUGGUUCGCAUGCGUGGGGUCCCGUGCACGUGCGCGAGAUCCUGCCCAUCGGGCCCGAGCCGCCCGUACGUGACCCGCGCAACGACACGUUCCAGUGGGGCGUCGGCGAGGAAGCCGAUGUCAUCACCACGUCGUACUGCAUGGACGCCAACAAGCCCACCCAGUGGGUUUUCCGCGAGUGGAUCCACGGCUUCGAGACGGGCCUGCAGACCCCGCGCUUCUACUGCCCGCCCGCCAUCCAGCGCGCCUCCCGCUCCCUGUUGCUGGUCAUCCACCAGGCCCAACUCGAGAGCGGCAUCCGCGUGCCGUCCGAGGCCACGCUGCCCAGUUUCGCCCUCUGGCAUGGCCUGAAGCUGAGCUUCCCGCAGCACCCUGUUUUCCACCAGGAUCAGAACAACGUCGGGGAACGCCGCAAGUGGUGGCGUGGGGGCCCGAAGGCGAGUUCCACCGGCCUGGGCCACGACGACUCGGAUCACCCGAGGGGUGUCGGGCUCACAUUCUGGUGGGAGUCGGACUGGGCCAAGCAUGUGUUUUAUGAGUGGAUGGAGAAGAAGCUGGACGAGGACCAACCGCGGCCGUGGAUCCUGAACGAUUGGGAUGGGAAGCUGUUUGUGCCAAAUAUUGUUCUGCAUCCCGUCAAGCAUCCGUAAUGCUGCCCGGGAAUGGGGUGAAGAGGAUGUUUUGGGAGUCUUUCUUCUACACUGAAACCACGCAGUGAACUUGCACAACGCAGCGAAGCACAGCAACAUUUGCGUUGCGAACCAUUAUCUACAGCGGUCAUAUCAUUGGAGAGGUGUUACGGAGCUGGGAUUGCUUUUCUGCUUUCUGGUACUCUCUUUAGGGCUGACCAUCCUUAUGUCAUUGUUAUCAAUGUUUGGCGAGGUCAAGCGGAUGUACGGGUAUCCCACCGUUCUUUUGUUCCUGUACAUAGUUAGGUAAGACAUAUAGUAGAAAGCAAGAUUGGCCGAGCUGCUCUUGAGACACAGAUGACUGCGACUCGGAUCAUCAUCCCGGAUCUCCGAGCAGCAGGUAUGACAGGUG